UGGACUGGGGAGAGCCUUUCACUCUCCUGCCACUUCCCCAAGCACAGGAGGAUUCUGGUGGAUGAAGAAAUGGAUCCACUAACUGCAAUUAUUUUCCUGGCUGCUUUGCUACACCAAUCUGAUGGACAGGGCUUUCCAUAUAAAAAAGUGAAUGUUUUCUCCUUUCCUCAUUCUAAGUCUCAAAAUGAAAAACAAAUCCUUGAGAUGCACAAUGAAAUACGGAGAUCUGUAAUUCCCACAGCCAGGAACAUGCUGAAGAUGGUGUGGAGUGAUAAAGCUGCCAAAAAUGCUCAGAAAUGGGCAAGUCAGUGUGGCAUGAAAAUCAGUCCAAGAGACAAGAGAGUUAUUAAUGGUGUCACCUGUGGUGAGAAUGUGUUGCUGUCAUCCUACCCAAGAACAUGGGCUGAUGCAAUUCAAGUGUGGUACAGUCAGUCCUCCAAUUUCAAGUAUGGAUAUGGAGCAACCUUGAAAAAUGUCAAUGUUGAGAGCUACACUCAGCUAAUCUGGUACAACAGUUACAAGGUGGGAUGUGGAGUUUCCUACUGUCCCACAGGCUUGUACAAGUACUUUUACGUUUGCCAGUACUGCCCUGCAGGAAAUAACCCAAUGCAAAUAGCUAUGCCUUACAGAAGUGGACCAAAAUGUGCUGACUGUCCUGGCCACUGUGACAGAGGACUUUGCACCAACCCUUGCAAGUAUCAAGAUCUACUUGGAAACUGCAAAAAUCUGAAAAUGUUGUUUGGCUGUAGUCACUCCCUGGUGAAGAAGAAGUGUCCUGCAAGCUGCAAAUGCACCACUCAAAUCAUCUAA